CAAUCACAAGGCGCGCUGUAUAUCAACGUACUGCCUACGAUCCGCUAGUUGGGUUCGUUGAAUCGGUCCGUUCGCUAGAAUGGGACCUAGUAAUACAUGAGUGUUCAGAAAGACUGCUCGCCGCGACCAUCCGUGUAACAAUAAAAUAUUAACCACUCUAUAUGCGUAAUUUUAUUUAAUAAAAAAAAAAAGAAGUUUGUGAGUGUAAUAAACGUGUUUACAGUGUCUGCCAACGUUGCUCUCUUUUGUGGAUUUGCCUUGCAGAUUUUUUAAUCAGGAUAUUGUAACGCAUAAUGACAACACAGCGAUGACGCCUGGUCUCAAGAUGGAGUCGAAGGGCACCCAGAUCCAUCUGCCUCUGAUGGGUCGGGGCUCCCGGGGUGAAAUCAACGAUAAAGUCCUAUUCUCCCAAAUGAAGUCGCCGCCUUAUUCUGAACAGCUCAACAAUGGACAGCUGACGGGAAGUUCACAAAUGAAUUUAUGCAACGGCGGCGCCGGCACGGCUGGACUCACGGGUCUCGUCCCAAAGAUACCCAACGGAUACGGUGAACAGAAGAAACCUAUGGCCUCACUAACACAUCUACCCAAACGUCCACCGGUCGACAUCGAGUUCUCCGAGCUUUCGUAUUCUGUAAGCGAAGGCAGGAAGAGAGGGUACAAGGCGUUGCUGAAAUGCAUCAAUGGAACGUUCAGGUCGAGUGAGCUGACCGCCAUUAUGGGGCCCUCUGGAGCGGGGAAGAGUACCCUCAUGAACAUCUUAGCUGGUUACAAAACAUCAAACGUCAGUGGCUCCAUACUAAUAAAUGGAAAGGAAAGGAACCUCAGGCGUUUUAGAAAACUCUCUUGCUAUAUCAUGCAAGAUGACUGCUUACUACCACAUCUCACUGUCAGAGAAGCGAUGAACGUAUCAGCCAAUCUGAAGCUCGGCAAGGACAUGACCGUUACCGCCAAAAAAAUUGUAAUAGACGAAAUAUUAGAUAUGUUAGGGCUUGCAGAUGCAAGCGAUACUAGGACAAUAAACCUUUCUGGUGGUCAGAAAAAACGAUUGUCUAUAGCUUUAGAGUUAGUUAACAACCCCCCUGUGAUGUUCUUCGACGAGCCCACGUCAGGACUGGACAGCUCCUCGUGUUUUCAAUGUAUAUCGUUGCUGAAGUCGUUGGCGAGGGGCGGUAGAACAAUAAUAUGCACAAUCCACCAACCGUCCGCUAGGUUGUUCGAGAUGUUCGACUAUUUAUAUACUCUGGCCGAAGGGCAAUGUAUAUAUCAGGGACAAGUGAGCGGAUUAGUUCCGUUCCUAUCAUCGAUGGGUCUUCAUUGUCCGAGUUAUCACAAUCCAGCUGAUUACGUAAUGGAGGUGGCGACGGGCGAACACGGUGACUGGGUGCAUAAGCUAGUGAUGGCUGUGAACAAAGGCAACUGCGGUCGGGGGCAGUCCUCUACGUCGUCAUCAUCGUCAUCGGUGCCACAGAACCUCAACUACAACAACCAGUCAAGCAAGAAUAAUGCUCAGAAGGCGGAGGCGCUCGAAAUUGUGAUAGAUAAACCAACGUGUACUGUGAUAGACAUGUCUGAGCCGGCUGCAAAUCCAGAAAAACCGAACCCGGUACCGAACUCGACAAACUUGGCGCCCGUAACUUGCACAACUUCGUUAUUGGACUCCAGUGAAAGUUUUACAAAGAAACCAAUCAAGGCCGGUUUUCCAACAUCGGGAUGGAAGCAGUUCUGGGUGCUGUUGAAGAGAACAUUCAGGAGUAUACUCAGAGAUCAGAUGUUGACGCAUUUGAGGCUUUGCUCGCACACAAUUGUCGGUUUGCUCAUAGGAUUUUUGUACUACGACAUCGGAUCGGACGCGGCGAAGGUGAUGAGUAACGCUGGAUGUAUAUUCUUUACUGUGAUGUUCACUAUGUUUACUGCUAUGAUGCCUACAAUACUUACAUUCCCGACAGAAAUGAGCGUAUUCGUUAGAGAACAUCUCAACUAUUGGUAUUCGCUGAAGUCAUUCUAUUUUGCGAAAACAAUGGCAGAUCUACCGUUCCAGAUAGUCUUCAGUGGGGUCUACGUCAUUAUAGUGUACUUCAUGACGGGGCAACCGAUGCAGACUGAUCGAGUGCUCAUGUUUGUCACAAUUAACAUUCUCACUGCACUAGUUGCACAGUCCCUGGGUCUACUCAUCGGGGCCGCAAUGAAGAUCGAGACCGGCGUCUACCUCGGACCGGUCACUACCAUCCCAGUAGUUCUGUUCUCUGGUUUCUUCGUGAACUUCAAUGCCAUACCCAGCUACUUACAAUGGCUCACGUACUUAAGUUACGUUAGGUAUGGUUUCGAAGGCGCCAUGCUGUCAGUUUACGGUUUCGAGAGGGAGAAACUCCGUUGCUCGGAAGACUACUGCCAUUUUAGAGUACCAGAGAAGUUCCUCAAGGAAAUGACAAUGGACAAGGCCAACUUCUGGAUAGAUGUCGGCGCACUAAGUGCGUUCUUCAUUUUUAUUAGAGUAAUCUCAUAUUUAGUGUUAAGAUUCAAGUUGAAGAUGAUGCAGUAGAGUUAGAUGCACAAUGGACGCUUCAAUGUAACGGCGAUAUCUUUUCCAAUUACGGAUUCUGAUAGUGGAGUUACAAUUAGGUGCUCUGACCAGAGUUAUGGUAAGAAUUAGUGUUAAAACCAUUCUUGUGACAAUGUCCAUACCUUUGGAUUUUAUUAAUCCAAAUUGUCUCGAUGAAUUGUAGUUCUUCUGAUUUUUCAAAGGAAUGACAUUUGAACGUUUUGCCGCUAAAUUAGUAUUAUUAAAUUUAAAACAAUGUGAUCAUUACUUGUCAACGAAUAUAAGAAAACCAUUCCAUAAUAUCGUCCGACUUGUGUUUUGAACAUUUUUACUUGAAGUAAUAAAAUUUAGAACUCAUGUAUAUAAAUAUAUGGUCGAAAUUUGCAAUUCUGCAUGCAGGCAUGCUUCUGAAUACGUAAAAAAGAUCUUAUAGACUUCAAACCAUAUCAUUGUGGUGAAUUUUAUUCGUUAAUGAUUGCUAAUUAAUCUAGCAUAGCAGAUAACAUUAGUUCAAAAUAUAAGGACUGAAUAAAGGACGAAUCAAUAUGGAAUUUGUACAUUAUCGAUUUUGAUGUUGUUAGCUCCUUUGUAAAAUAAUAAAUCCAUAUCUCUGGUCGGAUUAUUAAAUAGUUUUCGAAAUAUAGCUUUUAGGUCGCCGGUGGACUUAAAUAUAUGUUUAUACGUACCCUUAGGGAUAGAUUAAGGUUUUAUAGAAGAUUGGGCCCAUGACUUAAUAUAAGUUCCUUACAUUAGUGAUCUAAUGAAUUAAUGAUAUUAUUAGUUUUCAUUUAAACUCACGACGUAGCUAGUUCUACUCGUAUGUACUCAAUACUUGAACAUUACCUUAUAGAUUUUAAUUAGAUAUUCUUCAAGUACCUUUCCUUAUGCUAAAGAUUUUGGUAAAUCUCUAUAUUUAUCCUAAUUACCAGUAUUUAUUAAUAAUUAAUAAACGACUGUGAUUUUUAUAAUGAA